AUGCUUGUGUUAACAGAAACAUCCAAUCGUUCAAGGACGACGUCAUUAUCACUCGUUGUCAACUUGAAAGAUAAAAGAAUGCUAUUGCUCGCCCAAAGGAGUAAUAUCGAGGUCUACCUUUGUGAAGAAGAGUCCUUGUCGCUGAUAGCCACUUGGAAAUUGGAACAUUGUGUACGAUCUUGGGCAAAAUUUAGUUGGAAUUCGCGAAAUUAUGUGAUAUUGAUAGAUUCCGAGUAUAACGUUAAACUAAUAGAGUUGAGCAAUUUCAACCCAUAUAGAGCACACCUGAAAAUAGCUAUUACGUCGAUAGUCAAGCUUUCCACUCAGGGUCAACGUGUGUCUCCUAACCUUGAUGCUCCGAUAUUAUUCCCAGUGGGAGAAUUGGAUCCGGAGUACAUAAUAUUACACCUGUUUUAUUCAAAUAUUCAAAUAUUUUCAGUUAAAGACGCGUUGGACCCAUCGAGUACAGUGGUACCAUAUACACGAAGCACCGGACAGAUUGACAUCAAACAAAUUGUGAACUUGAUCGAAAAUAGUGAUACAAGAAUUAAUGAUGGUGCUAAGAAAGGCUCCAAUUCGUGUACUCUAGCCAUGCUUUACAAGGAUAUAACUUCAGCGUAUUACCUCCGAUAUUUGGAUUUUUCCGGAACUAGGUUGACUUUGAAUGUGUCUAGACAGCUAGCGCUGUUCGAGGAAGAGCCAUCCCUAAUACAACCAUGUAUUCAACAACCGGGUGGUUUAAUCGUCUAUACAAGUUCAAGUAUGUUUUACUUUCCACCAGAACGGUUCAGACAUAUAUCCACAUCAAGAGAGACAAAGAACAUAUUUAUUUCAACAAAAACACACGAUGCCCAUGUCAUUGUGACUAUGAACAAACCUGGAAGGGGCAAACAUAAAACGAUUUACAAGUGCUUUGAACUGAUUGAUGCUCAGAGGACACUUUUGACCUCAAAUACAGGUGAAACCUUUUUACUUUAUAUGGAUCUUCAAGUCUCAACAUACAACAGCCUUAUAGUUAAUCAAAUAAACAUGAUAAACCUCGAUUAUACAACAAUACCUAUAUCUUAUGGGCUUCAUCAUGUUCAAGGAAAUCAAUUCUUUCAAGCUUCGAAAACAUCGAAGUCAAUCCUUUUUGAAAUUUUACCCACGAGACCGAAUAUCAAUAUACUAGAUUCCAUAGAAGGGAACCCUCCAGUGAUUGACUUGAAAGAGGCAAAAAACGGGGAACUUUUUGCAUGCCAAGGUGGAUGGGAUGGUGGUCAGUUGAGAAGGUAUACUUUUCCUCGUUGCAAUUACAAUGUAACGAAUACGGCAAAGAUAUCCGAUGGUCCGUUGAAAAUUAUUGGUGAAUCUAGUGACCAAUACAUUUUUGGAGACUCAACGGAGGGGAAUCAGAACACUAUCUUGAGAGCCUUGAUUGCAAGCUUGACCCCGGUGAGCAAUGGAGACCAAAUUGAAAAGGAUAUUAUACUGGUAUCAAAAAUUGAAGAGCAUACUAUUGUCUUAUCUCUGAGUGGAUUGAAAAUAGAUGACGAUAAAAAGGUGGAAGAGCAAAUUGCGUUUGGUCAGAUCCAGGCCAGAGAAGGGGUGGCGUGGAUGGUGACCACUGAUUACCAACUCCACGUUUAUGAUUUUCUGCAAAAUGCAAGCGGGAUCCAUUACAUUAUAAACCAGUGCCAUAGCAAAGGAGAUGAAAUUUCAAGUGUGGAUGUGUACCAUGACGAAGACACUUACUGGGUACUCAUUUCAUUGUUAUCGGGAAAGUACAAGAUAUUGAAUAUGUGUUCCCAACAACAGAAACUAGUCUACGAAGGAUCAUCAGACCAUGCUGUAUAUUCAUCUUGUAUUUUUGUUGAGAAAUCAUUGAAGACAAUCGAAGCGGUUUCAGUUUACAUCUUUCUUCUGUUCACUACCGGUGAAGUUGAACAGGUUAAAUUUGAAUUGUCAAAUGAAAUGUUAACGCCCACCAAAGCCGUUUCUGAGAAGGUCUCUGAUAUUCCAUAUUCAUGGAAAAGGAGCAACAAACGGAUUGUGGGAUUCAAUUCGGAGGGACUAGUAGUACCUAAAAAGCUGAAACUGUUGGACCAAUUUGGAUUUACCAAAAUUGAGAGGUCAAAUGUGGUUGAUAUUAAUCUUGAUAAUACAGAGGCUAACCGUAGUAUUGUCGCUUUCGAUGACGGAACAAUUGAAAAAUGGGAAAUAGAAUUUCGAGAGUUAACCCAAUUACAGGAUUUCCAGUCGUUGUACUCAGAUAGGCUUUUUGUCAAAUGUUUACCAAUCGCUACAAAAUACGUAGUGGUGGUUGCAUACGACACAACGAUUUCUCCUGGUGAGAUUAGAACAGAGUUGAUGCUCAUUAAUUCUAAAACUUUAGAGAUAUAUGAUGUAUUCAAAUUCCAUGAUAGUACUGAAGUGGUGGACUUAUGUGAGACUCCUGAAUUUAUUAGAGUAGACGCAGUCGCAGGUUUCAUUUGUCUACCAUCAAAUGCUAAACAUCCUGUCGCGAUUUUCAAGAUAUGGAAUGACCAAAUCAAGCUAUUUGAAAAAUUCCAUAUAUCUGGUUUAAGUAUUCUGGAUGAUUUGAAAUUUGCCAGUAUUACAUACGUCCCAAGUUUUCAUUUGGGCAAUUACAUGAUAACCGGAAGUCUCAAUUUCUUUUGCAGUCUCUAUAAUGCCAAUGGAUUUCAUCUAAGAGCAAUACCAGGAAGUUUGGUACCGGCACCUUCUUUUGGAUUGACCCUGACCAUCGCCGGACCAAGAUACCUAAUUGCAGACGUUACCGCCGGGAUUUCAUCGUACUCAAUGGUUGAGUUGGAUCUGGAAAAAGGCGUUUCUAUACCAAAUACAGCAGAGAGGUGCUUGACAACCAUGUCACAUACACUAUCGAAAACAAACAAUGACUAUCAUGUUGCAGGCUAUUCAUCAGGCAAUGUUGUCGUGUUCAAUUCGUAUAGGGGUGAGUUCGAGAAAGAGAUGAUCAAGUUUCUUAUUGAUGGAGAUCAAGUCAAUUCUAUUACAGGCUCAAACGGCGAGGAAGCAGCGACCUUGCGAAUAGCCAGGAUUGGAACUCUCAAUGGGGGUAUUUUUACUUUGAAUAAAAUUGUUGAUCAGAACUGGGAGGAAGCGAUCAAGAAAUGUAAAGAAGAGUUAAAUAUUUAUGCACGAGAGAAAAGUAUUUCAACUUUUAAAAUAAAAGAGUUAGAAUGUUUUGAUUUAGGCUCAUCGGGACCAAUUGGAAUCAUUGACGGUAGAGUUCUACUUGAUUUUUUUGGCAACAAUGAUUCCGAGAAUGAUGAUAAAUUUCCUUCUUUGGUUGCGAAUAAAAGCAUUUUACAAAAGAUCUAUUGCCAAUGUUGUCUUUAG